AUGGAUGCACGAGGCUUCUUCGAUAACGACACGUUCUCGGACAUCAUCAUCAAGACGGACGGGCGAGAAUUCAAAUGCCACAAGAUGGUGCUGUACAACAGCGGCUCCGACUACUUCAAGGCACUUCUCAAGCCUGACAGUGCUUUCGCCGAAGCCCAGCAGAGUACUAUCGAAUUCAAAGAAGACUCGUAUUACGCUGUAAACGUCGUGCUGCGUCACAUUUAUGGCUUCGAGUACGGGGUCAGCGACGACGUGGAAGGCGACAUUGCGGUCUACGCAGCGGCGCAGAAGUACAUGUUGCCUGAACUGCAAGCGAAAGCACUUGCUGCAGUGCAGAAGACGGUCGCUGUUGCGCUCGACUUGCCUACUGUUACAGACCCCGAUGCACGACUGGUGUUCAGGCUCCUGGAACUACUCGUGGAGAACAAGCACCAUGGUGACGCCUUCACGAACAUGGCCGACGAGUUGCUGGCGAAACACACUGCGAGCUUGAUGAAGCUGUACGCUUUCCGCGCGUGGUUGGAGGAGGAGGGGAAUCCAGGUCUUGACAUUGUGGUGGCUUCGAUCAAUACUGGGAAGCAAACAAAGUCCCACAAGACACAGCAUUCUAUCAGAGUCUGCGGGAGCUGCAUGAAGAUGGUCGUUGACGCGCCUAUAAGACACUGUGUCAACUGCGCAAUCGGAGGGCGCUUUGUUUCGUCGUACUGUGUAGAGUAUGAGCUCGGCAAGCUGAGUCUUGUGUAG